AUGGAGAAAGGACAAAGUCAGAGUAAGGCAAACAAAAGGAUGCACCGUUUCAAUUUAGGCCGUCCCUUUGCGGUAUUCAAUCAUCUCAAGAAGAAGAAAAACGGUGCAGAGAAAGAGAGCAUUGAGGGAGCAUCCAUUUCUUCCUUUAUCUCUUCGAUACCCACAGAAGGCAGUGAUCAAUACGACAUAUUCUUGAGCUUUCGAGGCUUGGACACCCGAAAGGGAUUCACCGAUCACCUCUACCGCAGUCUGAUCAAUGUAGGGACUGUACCAAUUUCCGUGUUCAAGGACGAUAAUAGCCUCGAAAUUGGCAAGGAUUUUGAUUCAGAGAUUCUUGAUAUCAUCACGCAGUCUAAGAUUUCAAUUCCCAUUAUUUCCGAAAAUUAUGCUUCGAGCAAAUGGUGCCUCCGGAAAAUUUGGGAGGCCUUCCAUAUGCGUAAGAAGCGUUUUGAUGAGAAGGAUAUUCAGGAAGGGAGACAAGCCCUUACAGAAGUGAGUUACUUAAAUGGAUGGGAAUCUGAAAAAUUUUCUAAUGGGCAUGAAGGAGAAUUAGUGGAAGAAGUCAUCAAAACUAUUCUGAGCAAGUUGAGACAUAAUUUUCAGCUUGAUGUUCCUAAGCAUUUAGUUGGAGUUGGCGAUCAUGUCAACAAAAUUAGGAAUUGGGUUGAUACUCCUGCCAAUCAUGCUCGAAUGAUUGGAAUAUAUGGCAUGGGCGGGAUCGGUAAAACAACUCUUGCCAAGGUCAUCUACAAUGAGCUGUUGAAUGACUUUUUGCAUCGUAGCUUCCUUCCAGAUAUACGAGAGACAGCUCACCACAACGGUAUUCUUUAUUUACAAAAUCUACUAAUUAAGGAAAUACUACCCAAUGAACAUCAAGUUUGCAAAGUUGAUGAUGGAAUUAGUUUGAUCAAAUCUAGAUUCAAAGGAAAAAGGGUUCUCAUUCUUCUAGAUGAUGUUGAUCAUCAAGAUCAACUAAAUGCUUUGGCUAGAGAACGUGAUUGGUUUUCGACAGGAAGUAUCAUCAUUGUUACGACUAGAUAUGAAGCUGUUCUUGAUCAACCUGAAUUCCAAGCAGACUACAAGUAUGAACUGAGUGAAUUAGAUGAGGUGCAUUCUUUGCUUUUAUUUAAAAGGCAUGCAUUUCACAUGGGCCAUUGUUCAAAGGACUUUGAGGGUAUCUCACGUGAUAUCUUAUACACCAUGGGCGGGCUUCCCCUAGCUAUCAAGGUCAUAGGUUCAUACUUGUAUGGGAAAACAAAUGGAAAAGUAUGGCAAGAUAUACUGAAGAAAUUAAGAAACGAACCGGCUAAAGACGUCCAAAAGAUAUUGAUGAUAAGUUAUGAUGCAUUGGAACCUAAACAUAAGAAUAUUUUUCUCGAUAUUGCUUGCUUCUUUAUCGGCGAAGAUAGCAAAUUCGCCAUUUACACGUGGGAGGAUUUUUAUCCAUAUCAAGGAAUUGAAGAGUUGAAGUUGAGGUGCUUAAUUAAAAUUGGAGAUCGUGGUGAGUUUAGGAUGCACGAUCAACUAAGAGAUCUUGGAAGGAGCAUCUUUUGCCAAGGACAAUCGCUUGAAAGAUGUCUGAAACAAUGGGUUGACCAAGAAGGCUUAACAGUGAAACCGGAACGUGGGGCACGCUAUUGUUUGAAAAACUACGAUACAUACUUUCAAUGGCCUCGUGGCUGUUCCCCUGCAUACACAAGUGAACAAUUUAAAAACUUACCGAGCUCAAGGUUCCUUCAAUUGUGCUGGAAGGCUUUAAGUGGAGACUUUAAUGAACUAUUUUCUGAAUUAAGAUGGCUUCGAUGGUUUUACAUUGAACCCAACAUGCUAUCUUCAGCGAUAAAUUUCCAUCUAUCUAAAUUAGUGGUGCUAGAGUUGUCACAAAACAAGCUCGCAGAGGAUUGGAGCGGAUGGAGUUCAAUUAUGGUGGCAAAGCGGCUAAAAGUUCUCAACCUUUCAUAUAGCCAGGUUUUAAGAUGUACUCCUGAUUUCUCGACUUUCACAGAGUUGGAGAUUCUAAUCUUGGAUGAAUGUUGCAAACUGGAGCAAGUCCACCCUUCUAUUGGCCAAGUCAAGAGACUUGUUUCCUUGUACUUGAGGAAUUGUCUCAAUCUCAAAGAGCUACCAGAGGAAGUGGGUGAAUUGCAAGAACUAAAAGAACUUCUUUUAGAUGAUACUGGCAUUACAAAAAUUCCUAUGUCAAUUGGUUCUUUGAAGAAGUUGCAAAAGUUGAGUGUCCCACAUUGUUUGUCAUUGGUUGAAAUCCCUCUCUCAAUCAAUAAUCUUUCUUCUCUCGAACACCUUGACCUAAGUAGUUAUUCACCAUUGAGUGAGAUCUCUAGGUCAAAUAGGAAUCUUUCUUCUCUCGAAUGCUUUAACCUCCUUAGCUCAAUCGAGAAUCUUUCUUCUCUUCAACACCUCAACCUCUCUCAAUAUUCGUCAUUGAGAGACAUCCCUAGUUCAAUUGAAAAUCUUUCUUCUCUCCAACACCUCAACCUUUCUCAAUGUUCGUCAUUGAGAGACAUCCCUAGCUCAAUUGGGAAUCUUUCUUCUCCCGAAUGCUUUAACCUCCUUAGUUCAGUUGGGAAUCUUUCUUCUCUUCGACACCUCAACCUCUCUCAAUGUUCGUCAUUGAGAGACAUCCCUAGCUCAGUUGGGAAUCUUUCUUCUCUCUUACACCUUAACCUCUCUCAUUGUUCGUCAUUGAGAGAAAUCCCUAACUCAAUUGGGAAUCUUUCUUCUCUCCAAUACCUUAAUCUCUCUCAUUGUUCGUCACUAAGAGAAAUCCCUACCUCAAUUGGGGAUUUACACAAAUUGCAACCUCUGAACAUUGAUAAUCCUUUGAUUAAAGAGAUCUCCGAUGCCAUUGGAAGGCUUGGCAAGGGCGUGUGGUGUGCCACCGAAGGUGAUGGGUCGCCGCCGGAGUGGGGGUGGUCGUCGGAGCUCCGGCGAGGGUGGACCGGCGGUGUUGGCAGAAGCGGACUCGGGCAAAACAGCAGCGACACUCGAAUGGAAGGCUCGGGGCUGGCAGAUGCAGCAGCAAGCGUCGGGUCACUGCUCGGAGCGACAUUGUGGAGGCUUCAACGGGCUGCUGGCGUCGCGAUCUGCAGCAGCGGUGAGCGUCAGGUGGUCGUGAGGAGGCGGGUUGCGGCGGGGCUGAGGCGGAGGUGCGGCGGGUCGACGGUGGUGCUAGCGCCGCGGCUGCUCGCACGGGGGAUAGCGGUUCGGAGCUGCGGAUCGGCAGCGGAGGAGGAGGAGGCACGGAGCGAGCUGGAGGCACGUGAGUGCGGCGGCGUCGCAACCGGGGCGCGGAGCAGCGGCGUCCGGAGACGGUGGCGGGCGUCGCGGCGGAGCUGGGUGUCGCGGCGAGGCAUAGGCGACGUCCGGCGGGCGGGAGACGGAGCGUGA